AUGGUAUCAUCUGAUGGUCAGAUGCCUUCUGAUAAAACUAUUGGAGGUGGAGAUGAUUCCUUUAACACUUUCUUCAGCGAGACUGGAGCUGGUAAACAUGUUCCUAGAGCUGUAUUUGUGGAUCUAGAACCAACAGUAGUAGAUGAAGUCCGAACUGGUACUUAUCGUCAACUCUUCCAUCCUGAACAACUCAUCACUGGUAAAGAAGAUGCUGCUAAUAACUACGCUAGAGGUCAUUACACUGUUGGUAAAGAACUGAUAGACUUGUUUUGGUGGUGGAACCGGAUCUGGUUUUUCUCUUCCUUAUUGAUGGAAAGAUUGAGUUUUGAUUAUGGGAAGAAGUCUAAAUUAGAGUUUGCAGUUUAUCCUGCUCCACAAGUUUCGACAGCUGUAGUAGAACCUUACAAUUCAAUUCUUACCACCCAUACUACAUUGGAACAUUCUGAUUGUGCUUUCAUGGUAGAUAAUGAAGCUAUUUAUGAUAUCUGUAGAAGAAAUCUGGAUAUUGAAAGACCAACUUACACCAAUUUAAACCGAUUGAUCGGACAAAUUGUUAGUUCUAUUACUGCAUCUCUACGAUUUGAUGGUGCUCUCAAUGUAGAUCUUACAGAAUUCCAGACCAACUUGGUACCUUAUCCACGUAUUCAUUUCCCUUUGGCUACCUAUGCUCCAGUUAUCUCUGCUGAAAAGGCUUACCACGAACAGCUAUCUGUGGCUGACAUUACCAAUGCUUGUUUUGAACCAGCUAAUCAAAUGGUCAAAUGUGAUCCUCGCCAUGGUAAAUAUAUGGCUUGUUGUAUGUUGUAUCGCGGUGAUGUUGUACCCAAGGAUGUCAAUGCUGCUAUUGCCACGAUCAAGACCAAAAGAACCAUCCAAUUUGUCGACUGGUGCCCAACUGGUUUUAAAGUCGGUAUCAACUACCAACCACCAACUGUUGUACCAGGAGGUGAUUUAGCCAAAGUCCAGAGAGCUGUUUGUAUGUUAAGUAAUACCACUGCUAUAGCUGAAGCAUGGGCUCGACUGGAUCAUAAAUUUGAUUUGAUGUACGCCAAGAGAGCCUUCGUCCAUUGGUAUGUCGGUGAAGGUAUGGAAGAAGGUGAAUUCUCUGAAGCGAGAGAAGAUUUAGCUGCUCUUGAGAAAGAUUAUGAAGAAGUUGGAGUUGAUUCUGUUGAGGGCGAAGGAGAGGAAGGAGAGGGAGAAGAAUAUUAAUACGUCUUUUUGAACAAAAUGCAAAAAUUUAUCAAAAAAUUUUGCUAUAUUAUUAUGUUGUUUUACAACUAAUCCAUUUCUCAUUAAAUGAAAUAAUCGGUGUUUUAGUUUUCAAUAAAUAAUAACAAUUAAAUU